AAAAAGAAGGUCAGGUAAACUUCAAACAUGGCGUCUGCCUGUGGAUUAUCAAAUGACACAAAAUAUUCCCAAGCUUUGCAAAAUUACAAUCAAACACACAAUACUGAAAUUCUUAAACUUAAACCUCUGCAGGAAAAGGCUUUAGAUGUGUUGCUAUCUGGAAAGGACUGUUUAUGCUCUCUUCCAACAGGAUAUGGAAAAUCCUUGAUAUUUGAGCUUCUUCCUUUUAUUGAUCCAAACUGUUUGGUAGUGAUAAUUGAACCAUUGAAUGUUAUCAUGGCACAGGAAGCACAAAAGCUUGGUACUAAAUCAAUGUGUCUUACAAGUAAGAGUGACCUGACUGGUAUUAAAAAAGGAUCAGUUAAGUACAUUUUCUGCCAUCCAGAAGACAUUUUAUAUAACAAAAAAAUCAUGGAAAUGUUUAGGAAUGAGGACUUUAAAAUGAAACAGAUAUUCCUAGUUGUAGAUGAAGCCCAUUGCAUUUUAAAGUGGGGAGAUGACUUCAGACCAGACUUUAAAAGGCUUGGUAAUUUAAGAUCUGUCUUCUGUUGUCAGGUGUUAGCUUUAACUGCCACAGUUACUUGUGUAGGCCAAAAGGAAAUAAUGAAAAAUUUACUCAUGAAAAACUGGGCAACUGUUUGUGCUGCUCCAACUAAGCCAAAUAUUGUUCUUGCUGUCUUGAAAAGGCCCAGUGCAACAUCUAAAGGGAACACUUCUACCUCACCCUAUGACUUCAUAUUUGAAAAAAUAUUGAAUGAACUGAAAAAUAAAGGGAAGGAUUUCCCCCUCACAAUUGUCUACUGUAAAUCAAUACAAUGGAUCGGCUACGGAUAUGAACUGGCCAGAGAGAUACUGGGGGACCAGUUUUAUGAUGGCGAGCAGCAACCAGAGCAUGCCAGGGUGGUUAUGUUCCACUCUUCUAUGGAAGACAGUAAGGGAAAGCUCAAAGCCAUGAUCCUUGCUGAUCUCCAGAGGCCACCUAGUGAAUGUUGCAUAAGGCUUGUAUUUGCAUCUGUGGCACUAGGUAUGGGGGCAGAUUUAAGACAUGUUCAGCGUGUGAUACAUGCAGGGCCACCUUCAACACUAGAGACCUACGUUCAAGAGAUUGGAAGAGCUGGAAGAGCAGAUUCCCAAGCCCUGGCUAUCAUGUUCUACAAUGGCAACGACCUUGCUUUUAAACAAAUGCAGGCAAAUAUGAAAGAGUAUUGUAAAAAUAAUGACAAGUGCAAGAGAGAACUUGUUUGACAGACCUACCAUAUGCUGCAAUAUAUGUAAGCCUGAUAUGAGUUUGGAAUGGGAAUUUUCUCAGCUUUCAAUUUCAGAUCCUGUGGGACAACAGCAAUAGCUUCAUUCACACAAGCAGUGGAGGGCUUCAGCCAUGGGAAAAAUUCCACGAGAACUCUUGAAGAAAGAACGGAGAAAUUAUUUGAAAUUUCCUGCAAUUCUUCCUCACAUAUGAUAAAUGUUUCUGUAGGCAAAAGGCGGAGAUCACACUGUGGAAUAUCAUUAUCCAUAGCCUGGAAGUUGACGUUUUGGACAAUAGCUGCAGAUCCAAACCAGUGUUGAAUAUGACCUACUUUCCCCACACUUUUACGCUCUUGUGAAACACCCAUCUUGAAGUUUAUGUUGUCCCCCACUAAACGAAAGCGUUUUCCUGAUUUCAAACUGUCUAUCAAUUUAGAAUUGAAUGUCCCAGAUAUUGAGGUCAUCGUGUCCAGCAUACUCUGGUGGCAUAGUGUGAUCCCCAAUGGUUGGAGUUGAUCAUAGACCUGAAGAAUCCAACAGAUUACAUGUGAACAUUUUACAAAUGUUUACAGCUUAGUAAAUGAAAUAUUUCAUUCAACAAACUUUCUUUCAGACUUACAAAACUAUAUUUGGUCAGACCAAAUGUUUAUGCUUUAUUUGCAAAAUCAAUGUUUGACAGUACUGUAAAGCGGGUUAUUUCUGUGGUGCCAAAAUUUGGCGAUUUUUCUUUUAGGACAUAUUGGUGGUGUCUAAUUUUGGCGCAAAUAUUUCAUGAUUUUUUGUGUUGAUAAGCAAAAUCACUUUUUAUAAUAUAUAUUGUCUUAUAUGGCGGUGUUUUAUUUUUAUGCUACCGUUCUGAACAGCCAAAAUUUACCCCCCCCCCGGUUAAAAAUACCCGCUAUACAGUUAUUGAUUUCAGUAUUAAUUAUCAUGUCAUUACGCUAUAACUUGAUGACAGAAGCUAUUAUUUUUUAAGUUAUUUCACCAAUAUAAGUGUAAAAAAAAUUGCAACAAGGCCAGUUUUUGCACAAUAAAAGUGAUACAACUGA